ACCGAGGCAUCUGCAGCUCCAGACCGGACAGAGAGUAGCGAGGAGCGGCCACAGAGAGGAGCGAAGAGAGAGGACAGAACCGCGGACACAACCGAACACUGCCCUGGGAGACCGCACCAGAGCCAGGGAAGAAGUGGACUAAAGCCGGUUAAAAGUAUCCGAACAACCCGAGACCUGCGGAACAAAGCCGAGAGCAGUAGCUCAGCACGGGUGGGGGGCGGCGGACUUUACCCGUGAAGAGUGUGUUAGCGGCGGGGAGCAGCACCGUGAGGCCGCAGAGGAGCGAGUGUGGGGCGGAGGAGCUGAGCCGGACCUCCCGCUCCGCUCCACGGGACCUCUGCACUUUGUUCCCCGCUGCAGGAGGUCCUGUCCCGGCGUCAUGAAGAAGAACAGCUCCGGUAAACGGGGAGGCCUGGACCCGGAUAAAACUGGAUGGAUACGAAAGUUCUGUGGAAAAGGUCUCUUCAGAGAAGUCUGGAAAAACCGAUUUGUGAUUCUGAGACAAGACCAACUGUUCAUCUGCCGCAAGGAGGUGAAGGAGCCUGGUCGGGCUGAUGAGGUCUUGGAUCUUCUGGACUUCGAUCAUUGUGAAGAAAUCCGAAAGAACAGGAGCCGAAGCAAAAAGAACCACAGCAAAUUCAGACUGCUGCGCUCCUCUGCACCUGGCAACACGGUGGCGACUCUGGUGUUUCUGGCUGUGAGUCCAGAGGAGAAAGAUUCCUGGAUCCAGGUCCUGAAUGUGGCCCUUACCAGAGCUAAAAACCGGGUCCUGGAUGAGGUGACUGUGGAGGAUGCACAGCUUGCUCAUCUGACCAGAGACCGGGUGAGGAUCCCUCACACGCGCCGUUUGCCCACACGAGGACACCUGCUGGCUGUGGCCUCGGCAUCCUCAGACGGAGCCCUUACUCUGGAUCUGAUCCACGAAGAAGACCCUGGUCAUAGAUCCCAGACUGACAGAAAACCACACACCCUCCCCAGACAGGUGGCGCAGGGGGGUAAGUCCGUGUCGUCGGAGAAGAGUUUGUCUUUGGACCAAAUCCCCCGAGACCCGAGUCCAGGUCCCAAGUCCAAAUACGAGUCCAAAUUUGGGUCUAUCUCACGGCUCCAAGACCUAAUCCAGGAAAAGAUCCACAGGACGGAGCAGCUGCUGACGGAACUCAGGCCAGACCUAGGGCGAAACCAGGACCAGGGACUAAACCAGGACCAAAGUCUAAUCCAGGACCAGGGACUAACACAGAACCAGGAACCAAACCAGGACUUGCCGCAGGACCAAGAGGAAGCCCGAAGGCUGUUGACUGAAGCCAGGGACCAGUGGAACCAGGCCCAUGAAGUCCUGAGUCAAGUCCAAGAGCUGAAGGACUUAUACCAGCGCAUGGACCCCAGCGCUAAUGGUAACGCUAAACCAAGCUCUGACCCAAGCUAGCACCAACAACAGCGCCAGGACCAUAAACUGUCUAUAUAAAUGGACAUAGUUAAUGCGGACGUGAGCAUGAGUGUGCUCUGGCUCCAUCGAUUCUGCUCCAAUUCACGUUCUAUUGAAAAAACAUGGCCCUCUCUUUGUAACUGCUGCUGUCAGACUCGACAUUUUGACCUUAAAAUGUUCGUUUUAACCCGCUCUACAUGAUCCUGGAGUUUUUAUUUCACUUUAUCCCUAAAUCAAGAUAUGAACAUUAACAAUAGACGAAUUGGGUGCAUUCUUUUUCCUGCUAACUUUAGUAGCAGGUUUGAUUGACAGCGUUGCUAAGCCUCCGCCCCCACCAAACCAGUGGUGGGGGGGAAUAGGUGUUACCUUUAACAGCCUUGAUCCUGAUUGGCUCAGUGGUUGCUAUGAUAAUCAAGAAUGGAUUUCCAAAUAUGGAACUGGGCUCCUGGUUAGUCACUAUAAUUCCUUGCCUCGAUGAGCUUAAUUUGGAGCCAAACGCUGUGGGUGACAUCACAUUCCCUCAGUUCACUUAUUGAUACAAUCUGUGGCCAGGACUCAUGUUUGUAGAUCAUUUUCACAAACAGUUUAUUUAUGUUUUUAUGAUCGGCUGAAGGUUGUUCAAAGGCUCCACUUUCUGACAAAAUCUGAAAAUUUGUUAGCACAAACCUGAAAAACGUAACACUCAAUCAAAAUGUGUUUCUCAAAGCCUUGGUACCUCGCCUUGGUCUGUUCUGGCAUGACAUCCAGGUCAUGUUCCAGUCCUCAUGUCUUCCACACGCACAUGUCCUUCAUUUGGUUUGCAUUUUAGCAUUUCACCAGGGAUACUAGAGAUGGACUUAUGGGUUUUUUCCAUGGCUGAUACUGAUUAUACUACAAACCCACAACCCUGUUUUAGCACAAGCCUUUAAGAGAGCUGUGUCACAUGUUGUGCUGUUAUUUCUUUGUACUCAAGUAUUCAAAUAAAGCUUUACACUAAUUCUUUAGGCAGCAGGUUGCAAAAACAAAAUAUUAUGAAACGAAAUAUAUGUUCUGGAGAUUUAAGGCCGAUAGCUGAUAAGUUAAAAAGUGCACUAUAUCGGUCUAGAUACAUAAGUGUAUCCAGAGCCAUAAUGGUCUGGGUGUUUCCCAAUUGCCAUGGUCUCUGAACCGGAGAGGUCAUCAGAGCUCUGCCAAGUGCUGUGCUGAUUCCCUCAAAGCCCUCAUGUCGUCCACGCCUCCAUUUGGCUUAUUUACCCAGGAUGCACCUGUGUAGGUGGCGAUUCACAAAUCUUUUAUGAAACAUGAUGUCUGAAUACAUCUGAAUAUGGGAGUAACAAAAGGCCCUGUCCACAGCUGCUUGUUUACCCCAGAUGCCCUCUCAGACACAGCCC